AUGUAUUGUAAAUACACAGGCGAUAAGAUAGGCAGUUGCUAUUCAGAAGUUACACAUCCUAUACAUGACUGACACAUGACUGACACAUGACACACGACACAUCCAUGGAUGUAGGUUCAAUGUUCAUCAAAUAUCUACUAUAACUACCUACAUAUGUAGGUACCUAACCUAGGGUACUUGUAGUGUAGUUACAUGUAUUGAUGUAACUAUCUCUACUACUUCAAUGUUGGUAGGUACUACCCCCUUAGCCUACCAUAAUACUUACCCAACCUCCAUUUUGAAUUCAAGUACCACCCUAAUACCCAAAGCACCCAACCCAACAGCAUCCACCCCAACAUUCAAUAGUGUGUCUGCCCACCCUACUAUUGAUAUACAUGUAGGUAGUUCAAACUACUGUAUUCAUGGCAUUGAUGGUAAUACAUGCUUGACCUGCCUACCUGCCUCCCUAUCUACUAGCUUCCAACUUACAUAGUAGCCCUCUCACAAAAGCCGUUGAAAUCCCCAACGAUCAUUCAUCAUAUAUCACCUGUUCUAUUAUAACCUUAGUGUCUACCUACGUUCUACAGAACGGCAUAGCGACCCAUCGAGCCGGGACUGUGUUGUCAUCUGGGUUGAGGGGAACAACAUGGCCACGCACGCCGCGUAUCUCGCGUACAAACGGGAUAGUCGACAUUUACUAUACUGGAUAAUACAUGCUUCAAACAGCAUUAUCGAGUCGUUGGCAUCUCGCGAGCAUGCCACAGAAGAAGAAGAUCCAGAGACCCAGACAAUAAACACGACAGGUCAAGUUACUGUGGCGGGUUUCUUGUCUAUGUCUAAGCUCAUUGCAAAACAUAUUAAUCCCAUUCCUCCCAUUAUUUAUCGUUUGUUACGCUCUGUCAUUAAGGCCCGAACCGCAGCCUUAUCGUUUUUUAAGGAGGUUGUUACUCUUAAUCCGGACCCCGAGAUCAAGAAGAGCAACGCCACCCACAAGCAUUUUAUUGAUGCUUUGGCCCAAAUCUUCAACAUCCUUGGGGGUGACGUGUGGGUUUCGAGCCGAAAGUCUGAGGAUGACCAGUCCGAAGAUGAGAAGUACGAAGACAAGGACAUCAUUGAUAUUAUAUUCGCCAACAAGUUCUCCGUCCUAAACAUUGAAGAUCCUAAACAGGCUGAGGGUGAGGGCGAUGAUAAUAACGACGAAGAGCCUGAUCAAGAAGCACAUGCUGUUACCCCCAUCCAGGGUCAACGCCAGCCAAAGCCUGGAAAGGGGAAGAAGGGCAAGAAGGGCAAGAAAGGAAAGAAACCGAAGAAGACCCAGAAACCGGCAACAACUAAGCCUCCCAGCCUGGAUGACACACCACUGGAAAGCUACCGUAUCAUCGAGGCUGAGGAUGAACUCGUAACUGAGUAUCUAAUGGCGGCCUAUGGACUCUGGACCGAAUGGGCCGAUCUUCGGUCCUAUCUGCAACGCCUUUGGCACGAAGUGGCUUACAGCGACCUCAAUAGUGCAGUGGCUGGUGAGCUCUCAAAUUUGGCCAUUGCGACGAUUCGGCGAGCCGAAUCGGCAAUAUUUGUCGAUUUUCCUGGUCAUGAGUCGUAUGAAACAAUCAUACAAACUAUCACACGUGGUGAUAUAGAAAAGGUCCAGGGCCAAUUUACUGUUAGUCUCUAUUUGAAGAGCUUGGACGGGGCACCGACUCAGACGAUCCCGGAAACAGACAUAGACAUCAAAGAAGGACUAUUAACCCACGCCUAUCGGGAUCUCCUCGACUUCGUGACGGACUUUCAGAAAACUCGCAGUGGGAAACCUACUGCUCCUAUGAUGGCCGAGAUCCGCAAUUGGAACCCUAAAUUUAACCUCCAGCGUGCUAGUAAAGAGCAAAGACUCAAAUGGCGUCGAUCGUACACUAUCAAUUGGCUCUAUGAUCUUGUCAAUGUGUUUUCUUCGAUCGUUGUGCAGCGCAAUACGCAGAGGGGAGAACGCCACGCGUAUGAAAGCGUAGACUGGUCAAUCCAUGGACCGUGGAAUCGUCACCGGAGAUUAUUUGGCCUGAACGAAUUCGCCGGCUUUGUUACCGCUCUGGCAAUGCAAAAGCCUGGUACAGAUGUUCGGAAUAAGAUCCUCCCACAUCAUGUUUUCCACCUUCAGUGUAUUGUUGAUUCUCUGACAAUUUCCCGUGGGUGGUCCCAAACCACCCUUCGAGGCCACAUCUUAGAGCCUCCGGCGCCGGGAUUUCGCCCUAGGCGAGAUGUUGACUUAUUUCUGGAUCGUGAAAAUGAGAGGAUUGGUAUGGGAUUCCUAGAAGGGGUACAACAUCUAAAGCAGAUUAUCCAAUUUGACGGUGGGUCUGAAAGAGAGUCCAACCGUCAUAGACGUCAAUGCGAUAUACUCGAACUUCUGCAGGGAGAGUUCGUCAACUGGCUAGGAGAAUCCAAGUAUAUGCAUGGGCUAAACACAAUACCCCCGUCUCGCUUCUCCGAUACCGACUCUAAUGGAUUGUGGGAAUAUUCGCCAUUUCUAUGUGGAGUCGGCUUGAUGGAAGGCCUAGAGCUCGAGUACGCAUGUAAUAUGAUGAUAUGGGAUGAGAGGCCCGAGCCCCUCCUGCUUGUACAUCUACACAACAUGCUCGUACAGAAAGGCUAUAUCACGGAGCCUGUUGGCCUGUAUGUAGGCCUACAGAACAUGCACCGUACCGCCUUUUUUGCGGAUGGAAAAAUACCAACAUCUGAUUUUGGCGAGGCCCUGACUAGACGAGUCAGCGAGACGGCAACACAUCGCGCAACUACACAGCGCUCUUCAGUGCGCGCAUCUUCUCGUGUUGGUGUAGAUAUACAUGACAUACUUAACCAAGAUGCAAACCGUUUCUUUCAGGCUAAGCCAGUUCUUAUCCUCUAUCGCAAGGCGGACUGGAUGAUUGAACGAAUUCCUGAAAAGGAUAUCAUAGUGGGUUCCGGCUUAGCUAUGCUGCGUCUUUCUCAAACCAAAAUUGGGGUCGAUCCAAAGACGGGUAAGAGGCAACUCGAAGAUACAGAUCUGGUUCGUCGCCAUAAAGCGGCCGGCGUGAGCGAUGAGGCCUUACUCGAUAUAUCCUCAUUAUUCCGCAAGACAAAAGCUGCCGAUGAGGAUGUCGUGCCGGAGAAGCUCAGGGCACUUGUCCCGGAGGAUUAUACCGCUAUUAUGGGAUCUGAGUUUAAGAAGAAAGCGAAGGGAAAGACGGAGCAUCCGCCAGGAGAACACGGCAAUGUCGACAUGUCUGGACGCGAACUGCUGGGGUUACUACAGUGGGAUGUUUUCCGCGAAGUUUGCGGGGAUAGACCUUUGUUGGGCCUCAAUUACGCCUAUGUGAUGGUGGUGUUCUUGGGCUACUUCAUGAAUGUGGAAAGUAUGUUGAAGGAAUCGAGGAACCCUCUGUAUAUGAGGGCAUAUGAAUCCAACACGGAUGGAAAAUCAGCGAAGCGAGUGGCGCUAGUGAUACAGGCGCUCAACGAACUGGACGACGAGUGCUUAAAGGUGAUGGCUAAGGCGUUUGAGACGCCCAGGGCUGGAUUGUGGAAUCUAAUUCACUGGGAAGAGUUAGAGGCGGUGGCAAGUCGAGUUGAAAGAAUGAGCAAGGACAGCGCUCGGUACGAGCACUUCCAACAUGACAGUUGUGGGGUCAUGUAGAGAGAGAUGGAAGUGAUGGGUAGGAGAGACCUCAUUUGCUUGAGCUUUAAUAUCAUAGGGCCAUAUAGCUACUACAUAUAGGUACUAGGUAGAUAUGCAGAUGGUAGGGUACCCUAGGUACGCAUGUACGCAUUAAGACGUGUUGAUUUUGGUAAAAUAAUAUUAAUUACAAAGUCUGUUCCAUUCGACGACCCCACGACGCCCAUAGUUUAAAGCAUG